CUGCGUCGGGCGUUUGACGCUGAGGAAGUGGAUGAAACCGCCGAAGGUCCCCGCAGAUAAGCGAUUGUGCCAAUGUGUGAAAAGGGUCUCCACGCCGACUUAAACCGCAGUUAAAAACAUUUGGGGAGGUUUAUUUUUAGAGGAUAAUGCUGGAUGGUUGCACUCAUGAAAUUCACCAGAGACAUUUGCCGGCUGUUGGGACUCGGAAGCGGCCCUGCUGUGCAGCAGCAGGAGGAGCUGAUGGACUGUGUUGCUGCAACCUCUGACCCAUGUCAUAAUGCCACUUUAUCACAGAAUGCAUUAAAUGGAGAGGAGGAUCUGGGUGUGGAGGAGAAGGUCAAACAGAAAGCAGAGCGACGGCGAGCCAAGAGGAAGCGCCACCGGAAACGUAAAAAGCAAGAGCAGAUCAAGCAAAAUGACAACACUGAACAGGACGAUGAAGAGGACGGUGGUGCAGAGUCUGAACUGGAUGAGAGCGAGUCGGAAGCAGACGGCGCUGAAGAGGAAAAACAAAGAUCGGAGAACAAGGAAACAAAAUCAGACGCUUCUGACAAGCACGUUGCUACUCCAGUUAUGGCUGCUGCGGGACUCAAAGGACAGCAGAAGACAAAAGCCAAGUCAAAUGAAGAAGAACCAGAGUGGGAUGUGAGCAGUGCCUUCUUUGCUAAUGCUGCUAGCCAUAUCAAACCCAAAGGAUCAAGUCGCAAGUCCAAAGAAAACAAGGAAAAUGAGGCCAGAAAAGAGACAAACUGGACUGACAACAUGACCAAGAAAAGUGCAUUACUGACAGAAAAAGGUAUUAAGCUGGUGCAGGAAGGGCAGUACGCACAAGCGGUCUGCAUGUUUACGGAAGCCAUAAAGUGUGAUCCAAAGGAUUACAGGUUCUUUGGAAACCGCUCAUAUUGCUAUUACUGCUUGGAGCAGUAUCCUCAGGCGUUGGGAGAUGCAGAACGCUCAAUUGAGCUGGCUCCAGAGUGGGCCAAAGGAUACUUUCGCAAAGGGAGAGCUCUCAUUGGUAUGAAGCGGUACAGUGAGGCGGAAAAGGCUAUGGAGCAGGUGUUGAAACUGGACAAAGAUUGUGAGGAGGCCGUCAAUGACCUCUUCAGCUGCAAAGUCCUUCAGCUAAUGGAGUUUGGAUUUGAAGAGAUGCAAAGUGUUCUACUUCUGGAGAGGUUUUCAUCUGUGCAGGCUGUACUGGCAUCUUGUUCAGAUGCAGCAAGAGCUGGAGGCCAUGAUACAUCAAUUGUGCAACCAGGAAGCCCUUGCCCAUCUCUCUGGGUGGGAAAUGUGACAACAGAGAUAACGGAGAAACACUUAUGGGACCUUUUUAAAAUGCAUGGUGACAUAGAGAGCAUCCGUGUGCUGCAGGAGAGAUUCUGUGCCUUUGUGAAUUUUAGGAAUGCAAACAUGGCAGCUCGAGCUAUGGAAAAACUAAAUGGGUAUUGCAUUGAGAACACGCGUUUAGUUGUAAGGUAUCCUGACCGUCGCACUCAGAAGGUCCUUCCUAUUCCACUUAAGACGUUUCUCCCUGUCACACAGCAGGCAGGGACAGGAGCUGGUCCUCGGAGACGUGGUCCAGUUAAUGGAGACGAGUGUUACUUCUGGAGAACCACCGGCUGCCAUUUCGGGGACAAAUGUCGCUACAAACACUUUCCUGACCAGAAAGGCAAGGACAGGAAACCCUGGCAGCCUUGAACUCUGUUCAAGCUCUGCCUCAGCAGUGCUCGGGAAACAGAGUUGCUCCAAAAACCGCCUGCAAGGCUUGAACUAACCGCAUCCGGAUGUCUGGACUAACAUUAUAUUGGUAAAAAAAAUUCCGAGGAAGAUAGAGGAGUUGGGGAUAGUUCUGCAUUAGACAUACAAGACUCAGAGCAUGAAGGUGGUUCUGUUACCCAAAGAUCCAAAUGAAUGCCUUUGCUCAAAAGUACGAAACUGUCCAGGGGAGAACAACAUACCGUCACACUCGCAGCCCCAAUGGAACUUGCUUUUCUCUCUGAAAGCAACACUAAUCUCUAGAUCACAGUUAAUGGAAGUGAAAUUGUCUCAGCUUACUGCUGAAGGGGUGGAAAAUCAUGCCUGUCUUGUGUAAUACAGGUUAUGACAGGCAUCAUUAUGGAUACACCUGGGACCUUUUUUAAACAAUGCUAAUUAACCUCUCAGGUGAAUUUAUUUCCCACAUUUGCCUUUUAUUUCACGUCUGCAGGUAAUACUUGAGUUUCACUUGUAGUUUUUGUGCCAUUAUCGGCACCUGACCAAAGACAUUUCAGCACGUCACCCUGUGCAACAAUUAUGCAGCAUUAGUUAAGAUCAUUACAUUGGAGUAAGUAAAUAAGUGGACUGAAAGAUAAUAAAACACCUGUACAGGUAGGUGAUGUGGAUAAUUAAGUAUAGGUAUGUUCAGACUUCUGAUGGCCUCAUAAUGCCUGUAAGGCAUUUUAAUGUCAUUACUCUUGCAAUCCGAUGAAAACAACCCUCUUUAUUUAAAGGCUGGAAUACCUCAUUUGUUGAGUCUGUCUUAGAAGUGUUGUUUUUCUGUAUGGAAGUUUUGAGGCUUGUAUUUUGGCAUUUUUUUCUAUGUUGGACUGGAUUGCAUGACAUGAGGGGUGAUGUGCUUCAGUUCAGCUGGGUUAAUAGAUAAAUCUGUUUACCAUUUUGAGAUGAAGCUAUUUAAGUUGGUGAUCAGUAGAUUUUUCUCUCAAAAAUUAGCUUUGUGGCAUUUGUUUUUAGUCUGUGCCAAAACACGUCAGAGAAACACAUGUUCCCCGCCUCUAGGACGAAUAGGCACAAAAACAGUAAUAUGUAUCAUUUAUGGACCUUUUGAAAAGCAGUGUUCGUUACCUUGGGGCGUCAACAUCAGUAUUUUACUAAACUAUAGGAGCUGAUGGCUUUACAUUAAGUUUCAACACUAGACAGUGAAUUACACACCCGCUGGCAUGUUUUUUUUUUUGUCACCCGCUUGUCAACAACUACAGCUGAAGUCCACACUACAUUCACUAGCAAACUAUGCACUGCCUAGGAAGGGUAUUUAUUUUGCUAUUUAUAUAGAUAUAUUUCCCUUUUUCUUUUGAACACAGGAUACUUACAAACUAAAUCUAGGUUGUCAUUCACCCUCUCUUCAAAUGCAGACGCACCCCACCCCAAUCAGUGUCUUUGUGGCCUAGAUUAAUAGCAGUUUGAUGAGAACCGGGUCACAUGCUGAACUUCUGCUUUUCUUGUAUUACUUUUUGUUUUGUGGUUAGAGCUUGUGACAAAGGAAUUAGAAAACAAACCUUAAGGCUGCACUAGUUUUUAACAUGUGUCCUAGUUUCUCAUCUGAUUGGUGGUGUUCAGUAUUUUAAAUGCUAUUCUCGCAAUGCAUUAAAUUAUUUAGACCCACUAAACAUAUUUGAAUAAAGCACGUUGUUUUAAAUUUUAUUGUAUAAAUAUUUCUGUCUGGACUUUAAGGUUUCUUGCUCUAUGUACUUUCAUUAUCUCCACUUUAUUUAGAAUUAUUUUAUUAAAAUCUAUUUCAAGUUAUAUAUGUAUACAUACAACCAGAGCACUGUGAUUCUGUUAAUCUACCAAAAACUUUGAAUUUUUUCUGUAAUGCAAAUAAGAGUUUUAUAUUUAAUAAACAUUUUGUUCCA